UCACAAUAGCAACCCUGUACGCGUCUACGAUUUGUUUCCGAAAAGGUCGUCGAUGACUUUGCGAUUAUACAAAAUUACAAAGAAAAGUGUAGCUGUUUGUGUAAUUUUAUAUCAAGUUAUUUAAAUAGUAAACAUAUACACACAAUGGCCGGGGCGAUGUUGUUCGAGAGAUCACGCGUUUCAUCGUCGAACAGAGACGAAGACGUCCGCAUGACUGAUAAAAUAGUUAGCACAGGCGAAGUGCCCGAAGAUGACGAGGAGAACAUCAGGGUUAAAGAGCAGGGCAUCCUGAACCUCGGCGAGAAGUACAAGAAGGAAGGCAAGGCGAAGGAGCUGGCCGAGUUGAUAAAAGCUACAAGACCCUUCCUCAGUCUGAUAAGCAAGGCGAAGGCGGCCAAACUGGUGCGUUCUCUCGUCGAUUUCUUCUUGGAUUUAGAAGCCGGCAUCGGCAUUGAGGUUCAGUUGUGCAAAGAGUGUAUAGAAUGGGCCAAAGAAGAACGCCGCACGUUUCUGAGACAGUCCCUGGAAGCGAGGCUGAUCGCGCUGUAUUUCGACACCGGUAUGUACACAGAGGCGCUAGACUUGGCGACGGCGCUUCUUAAAGAACUAAAGAAGUUAGACGACAAAAAUUUGCUAGUUGAAGUGCUUCUGUUAGAGAGCAAAACUUAUCAUGCCCUUAGUAAUUUACCCAAGGCGCGUGCAUCUCUGACGUCAGCACGCACCACGGCGAACGCUAUCUACUGUCCACCUAAGAUGCAGGCAGCCCUCGACUUGCAGUCAGGUAUUCUCCAUGCUGCAGAUGAAAGGGAUUUCAAAACAGCUUACUCAUACUUCUAUGAAGCCUUUGAGGGUUAUGACGGAGCAGACAGCCCUAAAGCUUUGACUGCUCUGAAAUACAUGUUGCUAUCCAAAAUCAUGCUAAAUCAAGCGGAAGAGGUUAAUACUGUAUGCAGUAGUAAAGCAGCGCUUAAGUAUGCAGGUAAAGAACUUGAAGCGAUGCGUGCUGUUGCCACAGCUUCACACAAAAGGUCAUUAGCAGAUUUCCAGGCUGCACUGAAGACAUACAAACGCGAGCUAGAGGAGGAUGCAGUGGUCCGAGCCCACCUGGGAGCCCUGUAUGACACCAUGUUGGAACAGAACUUAUGUCGCAUUGUAGAACCUUACAUGCAAGUACAAGUCGACCAUGUAGCUAAAUGUAUCAGACUUCCAGUUGUCCAAGUAGAGAAAAAGUUAUCUCAAAUGAUACUUGACAAAAAACUGAAUGGCAUACUGGACCAAGGAGAAGGUGUGUUGAUUGUAUUUGAUGAGUCACCAUUGGAGAAAACGUAUGAGACUGUCCUAGAAACCAUCCACCAUAUGAGUAAGGUCGUUGACACCCUCUACCAGAAAGCUAAAAAACUCUCAUAGGCCUGUGUAAAUUGUUGUAGCAUUAAAACUAUAAAGUAUAUAUCAAAUAACCUUAAAUUUUCAUUUCAGAAGUAACUUGUAAAUUAAUGCUAUUUUUUAAAUGAAUUACAUACCAGAACAUGGUAAAAUUGUAUGAUUAGCCUAAUAAAAAAAAUCAGUAAAACCUGUGCAAAUAUCUUAGGAAAAGUACAGUGGAAAAAUACCACUUUUGAUUAAAAAGCUUUACUUUUUAUAGAGUUAUAGAAUUCUUUACAAAGAAUUGUUAUCAAACAAAUACGCUCCUACAAUUUUAUCAGGUACUCCUUGCCCUUUACAAAAUCACUAUACUUAUUUUCAAAGCAUAAGUUUGGAAUAACCAUAGAUUUAUAAAAAAAGGUAAAAUAAUGUAUAUUGCCUUUGUUUCUUUUUAUCAAAUCCUAAUAAAACUGUUACUUAUUUGAAAUAAUAUGUAAUAAUAAAAAUAAUAAACUAAUGUUUAAUUUGAUUUUUACUUUCUUUUUUUAACAUAAGCUAGUGACAAAUUGUAAUAUUCUGUUUUAUUGAAGAUUAAAGUGUUCUUCGAA